UUGCCCAGUCGUGCGCGGUCUGUCACCGUUUCACGUUAAUUUCGCCUCGUUACUUCUCGUUAUUGCCUUCCUCUCGGCUUCAGUGGCAGACCGGAAAAACGCAGCCCACCAUCCCGCGGAAGCGGGACCAUCGACGGGAGAUUACUUGUCCAUCAUCCAUCAUCCGUCGGUCACACGGCGGUUUCGGACUAACAAUAAGAGAAGUCAUCAAUUUCCCGAAUGAUUACCGAAUCCUUCGCCGUGAGACUAAACCCCAUUACUAAAUCGCGGAAACGUGGCGAUAAUUUUCGAUAGAAAAUUUAAGGACAAGACCCACGGAUGAGUUAUUAGCUUCGAUUUAUCAUAGAGCCGCGAGAUUCUUCGUGGUGGAGUCGCGCACGAGUUUCCAUAGUCGCCGAAGUGAAAUCUGAUCGUCACCAAGCUGCGCGAGCGUGCGAUCUUCGAAUUAUUUCCAGUCUGCCCGAGAAAUUCGCGCGACGUAGAUUCGCGAUAUCAAGACGACACAGUGGCUACCGUUCAAUCGCCGUUGCAGAAGCUCUUUCGGUCAUUGUACCUUUGUGGACUAUAGAAUUUAUCGAGAUCUUGAAUUGUCUAGACUUCAUUUGGAAGUCUCGUAAAUCAUACUUGGAUAGCUAAUCCGCAGAUAAGUCAUUAUCUCGUUAUAUAUUAUAAAUGUAGCCUUUAAGAGGAAGAAAGGCAGAAGGAUACGAGACCUUGGAUAGAACUUACAGUUUUCGUUCGAUCGGAACUCACGUGAUCGCUUCAUGAAAAGAGGGGAACCAGAAAGAGACAGAGAGAAAAUAAAGGGCUUUGACGAGAGAGUUUACACUGAAUUGUAGAAUAAGAAAAUACACGCGCGCUGAGUUAAACAAAAGGAUUGAUUUCCAUCUGAACGGAGUGAAUCCUGAGAAUUCGAUGCACUCCAACGUCAAAAAAAGAGAUAAACGUCCUUCAUAAAUCAAGCAUCUGCCUCGUGUUCACGACUCAAUUUGUAAAAGAUAGCCAUGGGUCGAGUGGAAAAAGAGCAAUCGACGGGUAAUCCCAUGACGGAAUUCAGUAGCAGCACAAAGAUUGCUCCGAGUAUUGGCGAAUAUGAAGAAAAGGAUGAACUGUACGAUCCCUUCGAGCAUCGUGACAUGCGAAAUGCGACUUCGGAUUUCGGAGCCUUCGCGCAUCUCCUGAAAUCCUCUCUGGGAACAGGAAUUCUAGCCAUGCCGCACGCGAUAAAGAACGGCGGUCUACUGUUCGGCGGAAUCGGUACGAUCAUCAUCGGCAUGAUUUGCGCCCAUUGCGUGCACAUACUGGUGCGUACCUCUCACGUGCUCUGUCGGCGUACCAAGACGCCGCAGAUGACGUACGCCGAAACGGCGUACGCAGCCUUUCUCUGUGGACCAAAGUCGCUCAGGCCUUGGGCCAACACCAGCAAGAUAUUCGUGAAUACAGCGCUGUGCGCGACAUAUGUGGGCGGCUCGUGUGUUUACGUCGUGUUUAUCUCUAAGUCCCUUCAGCAGAUCGCGGAAUUCUACACCGACAGAUCUCUGGACAUACAAUUGUUCAUUCUCUCAUUGAUUCCGGCAAUUGUGCUGCUCGGUCAAGUGCGCGAUUUGAAGUACAUGGUGCCAUUUUCGAUGCUGGCGAACAUCUGCAUGAUAUCUGGCUUCUUGAUCACUCUUUACUACAUUUUCGGUAGUAAGGAAUUGCAAGAGUUCCAGAAUGACAAGACGUUUGCCUCGGUGGAACAGCUGCCCCGUUUCUUCGCGACUGUGAUAUUCGCCAUCGAAGGUAUCGGCGUUGUGAUGCCCGUGGCGAACAAUAUGAAACAACCGCAGCACUUCCUCGGAUGCCCUAGCGUACUCAACAUCACCAUGACGAUAGUCGUGGGCCUUUACGCCAUGAUGGGUGUGCUCGGUUAUCUCGCGUUCGGCGAGAAUGCAAAGGCUAGCAUCACAUUGAAUCUGCCAACGGAGGAAGGUCUGGCCCAAGCAGUGAAGAUCCUCAUUGCCGCAGCCGUUGUCUUUACUUACGGCCUGCAACUCUUCGUGCCGCUCGAAAUUAUAUGGAAUGCCAUAAAGCCCUUUUUUAGUCAUAGGUACGCGGCCAUGGGCGAGUCAAUGAUGAGGAUAUGCAUCGUUUUGCUAACAGUGAUCUUGGCGAUACUGGUGCCGGAGUUGGAUCCGUUCAUAUCUCUAGUCGGUGCAAUAUUCUUUUCUAUUCUCGGUAUCAGUAUUCCAGCUGUCGUUGAGACGAUUUCGUGCUGGGAAAGUCAUUUGGGCCGCUUUAAGUGGCGAUUAUGGAAAAACUGUAUAUUACUUAUAUUCUCGUUAUUAGCGUUAACUUUUGGCACGUGGAUCUCAAUCCUAGAUAUAAUGGAUAUUUAUAAAAAAUAGUAUUUUAUUUAGUGUUUUAUUUCAAUUUUCUUGUACAACUAGAAUUCCAGUGUCGACAAGAAACGCAACGAGGUUUUUAAUGAAGCAACUAUAAGUAUACGCGAUAAAUUUUUAUAUUCUCGUUAUUUGCGUUUGUAUUUGACUCGUGGAUCUCAGUGUUAUAUAAUGAAAUAUUAUAGUUGAUAAUAAAUUUUAUCAUAAUAUUACUGUUUUA